AUGUCAGACCUUGAAUUGGGCAGGGAGUUAGGACAUGGGGAAGCGGGGUGCGUUCUGCAAGCUAGACACAAGCCAACUAAUCGGCUAUUUGCUCUCAAGCGUGUGAACAUCUGUGAACAGUCAACAAGACAUCAAGUUAUGCGUGAAUUACAGGCCUAUCGCGAAUGUGGGAGUAUGCCACAGAUCGUGGGUCUGUUUGAUGUCUUCUACGUGGAACAACGAGUUUACAUGGUUCUGGAACUGAUGACAUGGGGUUCAUUAGAAGUGCUAAUUCACUCUCAUAAUGUUAAGGUCAAACAGAAAGGCACUGGCAAGUACGAAAAGAUGCAGGAGAGUUUAUUGAGUUCAAUUGCCUUCUCUGUCCUAAAGGCCCUGCGAUUCCUUCAUGAUGACCACAAGAUGGUUCACAGAGAUCUCAAACCCGGCAAUGUGUUGCUAAGCAUGGAUGGUGGUGUGAAACUCAGCGAUUUUGGAGUGAGCAUACGAGAUGCGGACACUGACUGUGUUGCUGGGACUGUCGGGUACAUGAGCCCUGAAAGGCUGGACGGACAAGUAUGCUCCGACAAGGGUGAUAUAUGGGCAUUGGGGAUUAUGAUUUUGGAAUGUGCGAAGGGCGUUCAUCCGUUUGUGACUGGAGAUUAUGCCCCGAGGAGUCAAGCAGACUUAUGGGCAAUGGUAGUGCAGAAGGAGCCGCCAUCAGCCAAAGGGUUGGGAUACACAGAGGCCUUCGAACAUUUCAUAGACUCGUGUCUGGUCAAACUCGAGCAAUGUCGACCGUCUGCUUCAGCCCUCUUG